AAAAUGAGUAAAAUUGGUAUUAACGGUUUUGGCCGCAUAGGGCGCAUAUUUUGUCGUCUUUGUCUGCUUAAUAAUGCAGAAGUUCUGGCCAUUAAUAAUCCAGCGUUAUCCCCGGAUCAAAUGGGUUAUUUAUUGAAGUACGAUUCGAUACAUGGACGUUUAAAUGUAGAGAUUGAAAGUGGCAAGGAUUGUUUAGUGGUUAAUAAGAAAAAGAUCACAUUAACGAAAGAGAAAGAUCCGAAGAAAAUUCCCUGGACAGGCGUUGAAUGCGUGGUCGAUUGUUCUGGCGCCUUCACCACAAUUGAAAAAGCGUCCGCACAUAUACAUGGUUCAGUGAAAAAAGUCUUUCUUUCAUAUCCGUCAAAAGAUGCCCCGAUGUUCGUGUGUGGUGUGAAUUUAGAUAAAUAUAAAUCAGAUAUGAAAGUGAUUUCAAAUGCUUCAUGCACAACGAACUGUUUAGCACCGUUAGUCAAAGUUAUUCAUGAUAACUUUUGUAUAGAAGAGGGAUUAAUGACAACCAUACAUUCUGUUACAUCUACUCAAGCUGUGACGGACAAUGCUAGAAAGGAUUGGCGUAGUGGCCGUAGUGCCAUGCUCAAUAUUAUUCCAGCUAGCACUGGCGCAGCCAAUGCUAUUGGUAAAGUAAUUCCCGAUUUAAAAGGCAAAUUAACGGGUAUGGCUUUUCGCGUACCUACGGUCAAUGUGUCAGUUGUCGACUUGACAGUACGUAUACAAAACGGAGCCAAUGCUGACGCAAUUAAAGAAAAAGUUAAGGAAGCUGCCAAUGGACCAAUGAAGGGUAUUCUAGAAUAUACUGAAGAUAUGGUAGUAUCCUCGGAUUUUAAUACAUAUUCGAUAUCCUCAGUAUUCGACGCUGGUGCUUCUAUAGCUUUGAAUGAUAAGUUUCAUAAGCUAAUUGCGUGGUAUGACAACGAGUACGGUUACUGUAGCCGUUUACUAGAUUUGAUAAAUUUUGCACAAAAGAAGGAUAGUGAAGCAGAUGGAGGAGGAAAAGAGACAAAACACAAAUGCGAAUAA